UUAAUUUUAAAUAUUAGAAUUACAUAAAAUUAAAGAGUAUCAAAUAAAUUAAUUAUAACUAAAAGAUAGAUGAAUUAUAUACAAACUAUUACAAUUAUAUAGUUGAUUAUUUGCAUAUUUGCAUUUGAAAAUAAUAUUUUACAUUCGAAAUAUAAUGACACAUACAAAAUAGAGAAAAAGAUAAAACAUACUUUUAGCUACCAUUUAGAUCAAAUUAAAAAUCAUCCUAUCAGAAUUACUUCUGAUUUUACAAGACUAGAAACAUAAAUUUAAGAAGAUCAAAUAAAAUAAAUUUAGCAAGUAUUUAAUAAAGUUACAGAAUAAUUUUCUUAAAUACUUAGCAUUGAAAUAAAUUAUGAUAGAAUUAGAUUUCCAACUUCAUAAAAAUGUGGAAGUAUAAAUGUAGAUUUUAGAGAUACAGAUGUAGGAAUAGAAAAUAGUGAUUUACAUAUAUAUUUCGAUAUUAGUUAUUAAACGCUUGCUUAACCAUGUGAAUUUCUUCAUAAUAAUGGAAGACCUAUAUUUGGUUACUUUUUAAUUUAAUAAUAAGAAUUCUUUUAGGUAAAUAUCAAUUUUUAAAAGGCAUUUAUAUUUUUUUGUUCAUUGUAAUCCAAUUAGCUAUUGAGCUAAUUAUUUUUUUUAUAGAAUAAUUAAAUUUCUAUUAACUAGGAUAUUUAAAUAAAUUUCAUCAGAUAGAUGAGGCAAAUUUUACUAUUGUCUGAAAAGUUAUAUCCAAUUUUUAGAGAUAAUAAAUCAAAUAAAUAAUAUGAAAUUGAUGUUUACUCUACUAGAAUAUUGAUUUAAAAUUAAAAGAUUACUCUGCUCAAAUUUCCAAAUCUUACGAAAAUUGCUCAGAAGUAUUUUUAAUGUGAUCUAAUUGAAGGAAUGAUUUUGAUUUCAGAUAUAAAUGAAAAAAUAUAAGAUUGGAUUUAUAUAAGUGAUGAUUUAAAUGUCUAAAAUGAUCAAGGUAGUUUAAAAGUAUUUAAUGUAUUUGAUUUGUCACUUUUAAAAGAUUCUGGAUGGUAUCAUCUUAAGAAUGCUUAACAAGAAAAGUUAGAAGAUUGGGAUGGAGUUGGCUGCAAUAUAUAAAAUCAAUAUAAAUUAGAUUAAAUUUAUUUAAAUAUUAUGCAAAUAAAUAGCUUAAAGUGUCAUUCUAAUUGCAAUACUUGCUUCGGUGAAUCUGAAUAAUAAUGCUUAAGUUGCAAAGAGAAUGAUAGGUUAUUAAAUUAUGAAUGUAUUAAUAUUUGUCCUGAAGACUAAGAAUGGGAUUAUGAAAAAUUAUAAUGUAGAAAUAUCGUGUUCGAAUUAAAGACUAUGUAUUGCAAUUAUUGCAUAUCAGGCCAGUUUUGUUAUAAAGGCUCCUGCUUGGAUUCAUGUGAAGAAGGAUUUUCUACCUAAGUAGUCGAAAAUUAAGUAGUCUGUGAAAAAUGUUAACAAAAUUGUCAAUCUUGCAUUUCAACUGAUUUAUGCCUUAGAUGCCAAAGCCCAUUUAAAUUGUAAAAUGGCAAAUGUGUAAGUGAGUGUGAAUCUGGCUUUUAUUUAAAUAACUCAAGUUACUGUUAAAAAUGCCAUUCUUCAUGCUCUUCUUGUAUAGGAAAUAAGUUUAAUUAGUGUUUAUCCUGCUCUAUUUCAUCAAUACUUUAAGAUGGAAAGUGUCAAAAAAUUGAAGAAAACUCUAAUUUAAACAAUUUUGAACAAAAUUAAAAUAAAUCAAAAUAUGAGUUUUUGGAAAAAAGUGAGUAAGAAAAUAAAAAUUUAGAUUUUAAUAAUUCAAAAAGUAGGAGAAGCCCUUCAAGACCUCGUAGAAGUAGCAGGUCUCCUUCUACUACGCGCAGGAGCCAUAUAGGUCACGCAAGAAGAAGUUCAACACAUCAUGAAGAUAAAGAAAUGUGUGGUUAAGGAUUCUUUUCUUAAAUUGUAUCUGGGAAACAUGUAUGUUUGAAAUGCAUGAUAGGUUGUAUAUUUUGUAAAUAAUUAGCUAGGUGCGAUAAGUGUGAAUUGGGUUAUGUUUAUUAAAAUGGAGUGUGUGAAAAUAAAUCUUAAAAAAAUAUUGUUUAAAAUGAAUAUUUUGAAUCAUGUCAUGAUACUUGCAAGACUUGUUCUGGUCCUCUUAGCAGUAACUGUUUAUCUUGUUACUAUAAUUUUAAUUUAGAAGAUGGAAGCUGCAUCUAAAAUAUAAAUAAAAAUAUUCACUAAAAUAUUGAAGAUCUUGAGAAAAAAUGA